AUGCCAAGAAUCCAAGGUAAUAACGAAAAUAAAUUCCUUAGACUCAUGGUCACGCCCGAUGUUUAUAACGCAGAAAUCAUUAAUUGCGUUCCUGUCAGAAGACCCCUUGAUGUCCCUUCGACAAUCAUCAAAUUAGGCAAAGUUCUCUCGCAUUCGGGCUGCGUUUGCAAGACUACAAGAGGAUACGUCCUUAUUGAGUACAUGUCAAGCAACCAGGUCUUUGUUUCCAAAGUCUAUAACUAUCAAAAUGGAAUGCACGAGUUCAAUUUCAAGAAAUAUCACUUUAUCCUUGAUGAUGACAAACCACAGGAGCCAAAAGAAAAAUGCACUGUUCGCCAAUUCGCUGAAAAGAUGAUUGAGUACACCAAAAACAAACAAUUCGAUACUUUCAGCCACAAUUGCCAUCAUGCAAGAUAUGAUACAAUGAAUUUCUAUGGAAUGAAAUCUGAUAACCCAGAUGCUGGUAAAUUCAAUCUCUUCUAUCAAGGUUUCGUUGACUACUUCACCAAGAAAUAA